AUGAAAACCCUUCACGAGCAUCAACUUCGCAUCAAUAGUGACAAAUGCGUCUUCGCCGCUCAGAAACUCGAUUGGGUAGGACACACUCUCUAUGUCGACGGUAAUCAUAUCCUCAUUGCCCCUACCGAGGAUACUAGCACCAAGAUUAAGAACUUCCCCGUCCCCACAUCCAAGAAACAAGUCCAACAAUUCUUAGGACACCUUGCAUACAUAAGCGAGUUCAUUCCUAACUACACUGCAAUGACUGUUCCUCUUACCGAGUUGCUAAAGAAAUCUAUAAAUUUCCACUGGUCCUCCGCAUGCCAGGAGUCUUUCGACAAACUCAAACAGUUAGAAAUUGACCAACAUGCUCUACAUCCUUUUGACGCAAGUAAACCGCUCAAGAUCACCACUGACGCAAGUCAGUAUGCAGUUGGUGCCACCCUUUGGCAAUCUUUUGAUGGUAAAGAGUUCCCCAUUGAAUACCGCUCCAUGAAACUCAAUCCUUUCCAGGUUAACUGGACCGUGACCGAAAAGUAA